UAUAAAUAAUAAUCAACACAGCUGACUCAUAUUUGUUUUCCUUCAUAAGGUUAUAAGUUAAGUUUGUUGUUGAGGUUCGCAGGAUAGUUUUCGUUCUUCUUUAAAAGGGAGAUCGAGCUCGAGUCUGACGACGGAGAACUUUUCAAAAGUCGAAAUUUCACCCGAAAAGACAAUGGCAACUGUCGAAAGGCAGAUAACGUUCGUAGAAGACAAAAAAGAGAUCUGCACGGACGACUUCUGCGUUUGCCGAUUUUCUUCUAUAAUCGACUAUAUGUGCGACAAGUACUGCGAGGAGUGCAACGAGCAUGAAUGGGCAUGGGAUGAUCAGGGGUUGUCACCGGCUACUCUGCUGAGCCACCACAAUCGUGAGGUGAGGUUCCAUCCUGGCUACAGUUCCGGUACUGCUGCAGUCCGCGGUGAUUUGCCAUUGCAGAAAGGCAAUAUCUAUUAUUGGGAGAUUAAAAUGUUGACUUCACUUUAUGGAACAGAUGUGAUGGUAGGAGUCGGCACAAAAGCAGCUGAAUUGCAGAAGUCCGCAUACCAGUUCUGCAGUCUGUUAGGAUCUGAUAAAGAAUCCUGGGGAUUCUCUUAUACUGGUCGCCUCCAACACAAUGGCAAGUUUGAGUGGUAUGGACCACCCUUUGGAAAAGGGAGCAUCAUCGGAAUUUAUUUAGACAUGUGGAAAGGCACUUUGGAAUUUUUCCUUGACCGCAGACCUUUAGGUAUUGCAUUUCGAUCGAUGGGAAACAACAUUCUUUACCCAAUGGUCUGCUCCACGGCCGCACAAAGUGGUAUGAGAGUCACUUUGUCAAUCUCUCAUCCGGUCUCGUUAAAAUUGCUCGCUCUUCAAGCUCUCGACGGUGAUCAAGAGACCUUGAAGCAGCUGCUUCAAGUACCGGGACUUCGAAGAUAUGUUUCAAACUAUUGGUGGCUAUUGGGUCGGAGGGACGAAGAUUGUGGCUUGGCCGAGAUAGCCGACCAAGGUAGUCGCGAGCACAGGACUUGCAAGCAUCAGGAAGACGACGGUAAAUGCGCCAGGCGACUCUGCGUUAUGUGUGACAUCAUCCUGUGACUAAGAGGGAAAAAUGGAGCCAGCAUACCAGCACCACCAACAGCAAACCUAAGUAGUAGUCGUCCGUCAUUUUUGUCGUAUAUAUUAUCAUCAUUGUCUUUGUCAUUAUAUUAUUCAUCACGUAUAAUUACUGUCUCGUAGUAUUUUAUCUCGUCUUAGUACAGGUGCUCGUUUCUUUUGCCUCAUCCUAAACACUCUCCCUAGGGAGGGUUAUUGUUACUAUCACUGACCUCUUCUAUUUGGGAACUGAUUAUUUUUGUAGAUUGAUUUUUUUUUUUUUUUUUUUUUUUUUUUAAGUUGUAAAAUCUAUCUGUUCCAUGGCACUUGAAAUUUUUUAAAGUUUUAUUUGUCAAGUUGUUUAAACUCAGCACAUACAAUUGUAUGAAGCCAUAACUUUAAAAUGUUUUCGGUUAAACAGAAUAAAAAUGAACUCACAUUGCACAAGUACCGUCCAUACUCAACGUUGUCAAUUUCAAAUAAUAUGCACAAAGAAGAGGAAA